AUGGUUGUCUUUUGGAAAAUCAUCAUAAGUGUCUUAUUACUCUAUACUAUUGCAAUCGAUGGAAAUCGUGCUCGUCGACGCCGUCGACAAACUUUAUUAAAUCCACCUUCUAAUCCUCAUAAUCAAAUGCCAUUGCAACAAAAUCCUCAAGGCCAACCUUCUCAACAACAAGGUGGUCAAAAUGAAAUUAUAUCAGGAAAACAAGGUGGUCGACAAUAUUAUCCAUAUCAAGGUCAAACUGGUUAUGGUUAUGGUAGUGUCCAAGGUUUGAACUAUCCAUAUGCUGGUGCAGGUGUUGGCUCAUAUAAUUAUGGAUAUGGACAAUAUGGACAACAAGGACAAGGAUUAGGAGGACAAUAUGGUGCUUAUUAUAAUCAAUAUCCAGGUUCAAGUAGUUUCUAUGGAGGUUAUAAUAGUGCUGGUUAUAAUAGUGGUGGUUAUAAUAGUUAUAAUCGUCCUGGCUAUUCAAAUUAUUAUCCAUCCUCAGGAAGUAAUAUGUAUGGUGGAUACUUUUGGAAUGCCGGACAAAAGCACAAUGUCAAUAUGUUUACUGUAUUUCUUUCUUCAAUACUCACAUGUAUUAUUUGUUUAAUUACUGUUUGA